UAAAUAUGAUAUUUAAGCAAAAACGAGAAAAAUACUAUAACUGCCAUAUAUUGUAUUGGGAUGUUGAAGGCACUGGACUGUAUCUAUAAACUAAUGAUUAAAAUACAGGUCAAAAACAGCUACACUGCCAGACGCGACGCGAAACCCAACGCUACUAUGGCAAGCAAAAAGAGUCAGAAUUACGCUAUAGACGGCGCUAAUGCGGUUUGGAACGCCGUAAAAACGGCGUUUUGUAUGUAAACGCGAUUUAUCUUUAGCGUAAUUCUGACUCUUUUGGCUUGCUAUACGCUGCUGCACGUACAGUCUGCAAGCGUGACGCGUCCGUCAGGACUGCGGGUGGAAUCGUGACGCAGACAACCAGUCGACCAAUCAGAGCAUUUGUUUAUGCGUGCGGCGGGUUUAUUCGACGUCGCGCGUUUGCAGUGUAGACAGCUGCGUUGUUGCGUCGCGUCGCGUCGCAUGCGGUGUAUUCAGGGUGCUACUGCGCCACCAUUUAUAAGUGUAUUGUGCUGUAUGGCAAGUGGAUCAAAUAUUCUCUGCUGCACCACCAACUUCUUCCACACCUGCUAUGGGAACGAUAUUUAAGCUAUAGCCGUAUUUAACCUUUAGUGGCACAAAGCCACCGCAGGAGACGCAGAGUCAGUAUUUCACAGAAGCAUGGCUGAGCACGGGACGCGCGCCCCUCUCAUAUAUCACAGCGCGUCUUUACCUGGAGAAAAGAGGCAAUAUUUGACUCAGGUUAGUAAAGCUGAAUGAGAAGACGAUGGACAGCCGGACCGAGAAUCCGACGAAGGCAGCGGGCUAUCUGAAGGAGCUGAAUAAGAUCAUAGAGACCCAGCAGACGCUGCUGGAGCGGCAGAAGAGGCGCAUCUUUGAGCUGGAGCAGCAUGUGUCCGACCUGUGCGCCGAGAACAGCCGCCUGAGGCACGAGUACCAGCGGCACCUGCUCUCCUGCAGACUGCGCUCCAUCCAGGAGAACAGCCCGCUACAGCAGUCAGAAUAUGGCAGUACAAGAAUCGUCAGAAGACAUGCCUCUCUUCCUGUGGAAAUGACAGACAGUCCCAGCAGCCUCAGAUCAGCCGUGUGCAGGAGAACUGUGCCAAACCAACAGUGGAAGUCGGCAUCCUUCGGGUGUGUAAAUGCUUUGCACCAGUACUGCUGUCCCGCGCCGCUGUGCUCUAAGCAGCUAGCUGUACCUGCUCCUCUCUCUGAGUGCAGGGAUGAUAGCGUGCUGCAUCAGUUCUGCUGUCCUCCGUCUGGAAGCAGCAGUCCUUCAAGAUAGCAGGAACGACAAGGAUCUGUCCUCUCUCACAAAGCGUUCUUCCAAAAGAGCUCCAUGCGUCCAUCCAUGCAUCUGUGUGUCUCUGGGGGAAUAAACAUCACUGUGUGUGCCGUUGCACUCACAUGCAGGACAGACGGAAAUCUUGCUGCAGUAGUUCAUUUACAAGUGCAGUCUAUAAGCGCUGGAAGAACACAACUGUAGCGCUAGAACUCAUGAAUACAGUCGAGUGUUGAACCUCAAACGUGUACCUCUAAUACAAAGAUGCAGAACUGAGUGUAUUUUGCACAGUGUGGAAGAGAACUUCAUUCAGUUCUCCGAGUGAUGCAUGAAAUUAAAAAGCAAUAUCUAUUUAAGAAUCGAUGACUGUAUUGCAGCUGUAUUUGCUUUGCCUGAUAUCAGUAGCUUAUUGUCUUGACCAUGUAACAAGAUUCAAAUGAA